AUGCGGAUAAUAAGAAGGAAUUUAUCAACAAACUUAUUUUCAUUGCUUUUUGCAAUUAUAUUAUGUGUAUUUCCAUUAUAUACAACUGCACAAAAUGCAAAAGUAAGAAUAUUUGCUCAUGAAGAAACGAUAGAUUAUGGACCAAAAUCAUUACCUCGUAUAUGGAAACAAAAUACGUACGAUGAUGGCACAGCAGUAGUUAGAAUUAUUAGAAGAAAUCCUGCAAUUCAAGGACCAGUUUGUUUGAUUGAAAAGCUUUUUUUAAGAAUCAUUCAUCUUGAUGGAACGGUUGAUGAAAAAGAUUUGGAUUUAGGAAUUCAACCAUUUAACUAUUGUUUAUUUCAAUCUAAUAAUUUAGGUGUAGAUGGACAAACUGUUGAAUUUAUAGAUUAUUAUUUGAUUCGAAAGAAUCAGAUUUUAGUUACUUAUCAUAAUGCAACAGAUAUUAAUGAUUAUUAUACAUAUGAAGAGUGGGGAAUGGUAAUUGAUUUUGAUGGUAACGUUAAAAGUAGAACUCUAUUUGGAUUCGCUUUCGUUGCGCCAGCAACUCAAAUAAUUACACCAAAUACUAAUAUAAAAUUAAAUAUUAAUCGGGAAAAGGGAUUUCUCAGAAUUGCUACCGUUAGAAAUACAACCAAUGCAGAAUGGCAACAAUAUAGAGUGGAACUUGAUGGAACGAUAACAAAAUUAACUAGCGGAAUGCUUGAAUUUGAUAAUUUUAAGAGUUUAACUCAAAGUACUAUCUCAACAGUUGAUGAAGGUUACGCUAUUGUAUAUGCGAAAACAUCAGAUGAAGGAUUUAAACCAUCAGAUCCAUUAUCACCAUUAAGUCAAUUAUUCUAUUUAUAUAUUGGAUAUAAUCAAUAUCCGGUUGCACCUUUAACACUUUAUCAAACUACCGUACCAAAUGUAAAUAUUACUUCAUUAUAUUGUGGUAUCGCAUCCAUUGGAGUUGGUCAAGUUUGUACUUUGGCCGCAAGACAAAUAGAUACUGCAACUUCACAAGUAAAUACUUUUUACGUUAUGGUUAAUUUCUUAUCUUCUGGAUCAGUUUCUUCUUUUAAAGUUAUAAAUCGCUUAUUUCCCGCUAUUGAGAACACUGUCAAUAAAGGUAUAGAUUGGGUAGUAGCCAGUUUAUCUUAUGGCGGAUAUCUUUUAACAAAUACUAUUCGUGGAACUCCAGGGACUUUAGUUUAUGGGUUUUUGUUUGGAGAUGAUGAUGCAAAUUAUGUUGAGUGGGAUUUAGAAGAACCUCAACCAUCUAAUACAAGAGGAGCAAUUUCAAUCUUAAAUAAUAAUACUUUAAUGUUGGCUCAAUUUGAAACUGCUAAUGCCUGGUCAUUUAACGUAAUUGAUUUGCCUAAAUUCUCUGAUAGAGAUAGUGGUUAUGCCAAUACCAAUGUUGAAGCAACUUCGCCGUCGAUUCAAUCUUUUAUAGAUCCAGAUUCACAAAAAACUAUUAGAAUCGAUUUUUAUGAUCAAAUUGAAUUAUCAAAUGGUAAUAUCUCAAUUUUUCAAUUUGAUGGUAAUGAUAAAAAGUUACGACAAAUAAUUCCUGGUAACUCGUGUACGUUAGAAAAUGAAAGCAAAUCUAUUACUGCUUAUGUAUUGGAUAGUACUUUUAGUUUGUCAAAUGCAAAUUAUUUUAUUACAAUGGAUAACAAUUUUGUUAAAAAUAAAGCGUAUAAAGAACCUUUAUUAGGUAUAGGAGACAAUAUUUGGACGUUUAGCACCACUGAAGGAAAGAAACAAAAAUUUGCUUCUUCAACAUCUGGUCUAGUUCGUUUAACUGUUGAUGGUACCAAAGUAUAUGAUAGUUUAUCUUCUGAAGAUCAAGACAAAUUUUUUAAUACUUUAUUAAUAGAAUUAGCUGAUUCUAUUCCUGUAUCUCCAACACGUUUUCAUUCAAAUAAGAAGAUACAGCCGGACAAUACUCUAAAAGAUAAUCCAUAUUUUAUUUCUAUUGGUAUUGAAGAAACUGAGGGUGGGAAUGAGAAAAGUGUUGAUUCUAUUAUUAAAAUUCUUGAAACUAUGAUUAAAUAUAAAGAUCAAACUCCAAUUGGUAUCGGUGAGGUUAGUAAAUAUUUGGACGCCUCUUAUGGUUUUAAUCCUAAACCGGAUUUAUGGGAAACAUACAAAUAUAGAUUAUUAGGUGUAUUUUUAGUUGUUGGACUUUUAAUUAUUUUAUUCUUAUUCGCUCAAAAAAGAGACAAAGCGGGUAACAAUUUUGCUAUUUUACAACUUGGAUUAAUUCUUUUCGAUUUGAUCAUGGAUGUUCUGUUCGUAAGCAACAACUCCAGAGACAUUCCAUCGCUUUAUAUUCCAAGUGUUAUCUUUGUAACAUUACCAAUCGGAUUAAAUACAAUAUUAGCUUUUUACAUUAUAACGAAAGAAAAUGCAGUACCAGAAUUUUACAAAUGGUUCACGAAUAAUGGAAAGGUUGCAAGCGUAUUUACAUUAUUAUCUGGUGCUGACAUCGAAGCAUUAAAUAUUUUACAGUCAAAUUUAGCGGGUUUGCCAUUUUUCCAAGCUCCUUUUUCUGAUGGCGCUAAAUCAAAAAUAUUUUGGAGUGCUUGUUUAAAUGUUUUUAUUGAAGAUUUUCCUCAAGUUAUAAUUCAAAUUUAUUAUAGAAUCAAUACUGUGACUUAUGAUAUUAUUCCAUUACUUACGUUAAUUUCCUCAACAUUAAAUUUAAUAGUAAAUAUAAUAGGUAGAUUAUAUCAAGCAACAAAUCGUGUACGCCAUGGAAAGAAUAAAAAUUCAUAUACUUCAGAUGAAGAAUUUGGUGGUUUAGAUAACAAAAAGGUUUUAGAAAAAUUGGAAGGUGAUAAAACCACUUCUAGAGAAGUACCAAAUUCAGUUUCGGAAAGACUUGCUCCAAAUUAUUUAGGUGAUGUGUCAAAAUUGGAUAAUGCUGAAGGAUCGUCCAAUAAUUCAAAUAGUAAUCUAGGUAAUGAUUUCAAUAAAAAUCAAAAUACAGGUAAAUCAUUCUUUAAAAGAAUGGUUAAUAAGAAGGUCUAA